AUGAACAUGUCCAAGAUGCUGCUGCGCCAGAAAAUUUGUAAUGUGAACGACAUACAUGAAAAAGAUAAAGAAUUAGUCGAUGAUAGCACUGAACAAUCGCAAAAUCUUCUCAAUAAUUUUGAGUAUGUAAAUCAUUCGAGCGUAGGUGUGCUUCAAAAUAGUACAAAUCCCCAAACUUACCAAACGUAUCACAGCAAUAAAUUGGCUAAUAAUAUUGCAGGCACUACAGUUACUGGCUAUAGUAAUACGAAUACAGGAAGUGGGCAUACUAAAUUACAAGAAGUCAUUAACCUUAAUGUUAUAAAACAAAAAGAAUUGGGCUACAACAGCAAUAAGCUAUCACAAAAAAUACUGAGUCAUUUUGAUUGUGGCAGUUAUACGGUCGCAGGUGUGCAUCAAAAUAAUCCCAAAAAUUACCAACCGCUUCAUAAUAAGAUACCUGAUAGUAUCAUCAUCGAUUCUAGAUAUGAAGUUAUUAACUUUAAUAAUGCGAAUACAGGAAAUAGUAAUACUACAUCGAAAUUAAGUGAUCUGAAUGCUAUACAACAAAAAGAAAAAGAAUUAGGCGGCGAGAAUAAAGAGCUAUCACAAAAUGUUCAUAAGAACAAAACUAAUGCAAUCGUUGGAAUCCAUAAAAAUAAUACAAAUUGCAAAAAUUACCAAACGCAACAAAUUCCUGUGACACAUAGCUGGUAUAGCAAAGAUGAUACGUUUUCAAAAAUUAACCAAAAACCAGAAAUUUUUCAUAAUGUACAAGAUAAUACGAUAUUCAAAAGCAACACACAAAAUAUCACUGAGAUACCUAAAGAGAUUCAACACAAAAUGGCAAACGAUCCCUCACAAAAUCAAGAAAAUGCAAUUGGAAAAGUGAAAAGACGAAGGAGAAAUGUAAAAAAAGAUAUUGUAAAAACAACAAAAAAGAGAACUUACAGUAGAAAAAAUAAAGACAAUGCUGUUACUGCACGAAACGAUUUAAGUAAGGAAGAAACAGUUCAUUUAGCUGUCCAAGACGCGAUAAAUCCUGGAAAUUCCGUUGACAAUUCAAUGCAAAAGAAUCAACAUACUAUUUCAAAAAAUAAAAGAGAUGAAAUCGAUAUUUCUUGGGUGGAAAAUAUGAAAUUCGUUAGAGCAAUAGAGGCAGAGGAAUACUUCAAGUUUGAUAAUUUAGAAGAAUCUUUUUGGACCGAUUUAUCUCUUCCAUCGAAUAUUAGUUUAACUGAUUUCGAACAUGAUAAUAUAAAUAUUUGGAAGAACUAGAUG